CGGUGUGGGUAAGCGUGUGGUUCGUCCCCACUGUGGGUAAACAGCCGCGGAUUAAUCGUGUGUGUAGAGGGCACGCGCUGUGACUGUGGCUGUGAGGAGAACAUUGCUCCACUCAUCUCUAUUUCAGUCUGUAGUGUAGCACGGCGUGGGGAACAUCUGUUUCAGUCGGUACUGUUCGCGUGGGGAACUGGCUGGAAACACGUUUCUAUACACUCUUACGUAAUACGGGUGUGUAAGAACACGUCGUCGUCUUGAAGACGUUCUGUAGUUCUUGAAGGAAGUCGCAGCGUCUGUACGUGGUCACCCUUGCGGUUCGACGUAACGUUCAUCCCGAGAGAGCGUGUAUCGGACUGCCUCAAACCCGUUCUCGGGCCUACCGAGCACUCCGCCCGCAGACUUCACGCACCAGCGCCGGGCCAGAUAUCGGGUUACCCCCGGCGGUCUCGGCUUCCCCGCGCGCGGCUCAGCUUACCCCGCGGGCUUCACCAGGGACACAGCCGCGUGUCAGGUUUCCUGCAGGGCAGGCCAACAUGGCGAGCGGCAAGGCGACAGGUCCCGCGGCCUGGGAGAAGGAACUCUCGCAGGAGGAGAUCGCGGAACUGAAGCAGGCGUUCAGCGAGUUCGACAAGGGCACGGGCAUGAUCGACACCGGGGACCUGGGCUACAUCAUGCGGGCCAUGGGGCAGAACCCCACCGAGCAGGAGGUACAGGACAUGGUCAACGAGGUGGACCUCGACCAGUCGGGCACCAUCGACUUCAACGAGUUCAUGUCCGUCAUGGCGCACAAGCUGCUGGAGACAGACCACGCAGAGAUGCUGAGGGUCGCUUUUCGGGUGUUUGACAAGGACGGUAACGGCUACAUCGACUCAGGCGAGCUGCGGCACGUGAUGACACACCUUGGGGAGAAGCUAUCGGAGGGGGAGGUGGACGAGAUGAUCCGCCUGGCAGAUGUGGACGGAGACGGGCAGCUAUGCUACGACGAGUUCGUCAACCUCAUGAAGCCCAAGCGCGAUAAGGACGAAUUCUGAUGACUCAUCAUUGCAGUCUAGGGGGUCGUUCUGAUCGUGCUGCCAGGAAAGGGGGUCCUCCGACGGGGAAGGGGUGUGUGUCAGGUUGCGGAAAAAGGGAGGUGUUCUCUCAUGAUAGAUGAAGCUGCUAUCUUGUCCUUCAAACAAAUUUUUGGACUGUGAU